CAUUGCGUCAUUAGAGUUUGUUGUGCCUCGACGGCAGACAAGAAUACGAGUGGUGUACGAAGAGAAGUAGGUCGCUAUGCAGACACUGCUCGUUGCAUUAUACCUUCUCGUUUCGUUCGGCGGAACAUUUAUCCUAGGAGAACAGACAAAUGUGAGGAGAAAACACUUGUUCGUGCAAAGAAGAGCGCCACUCCGUGGUAGUCCAUUGCCUCAUCGUGAGAUCUAUCUGUCUAAAGAUGACAACGGAUUGAACGGAAGUGAGAAACCAUUCCACAAAGAGUUCACAUCUCGACGAUCUAGGCGGUCGAUUCAUGAGAGAAGACGUACAAAAAGCGACCCAACAGAUACAGUGUAUGAAUUCAAUGACAAUCACUACAUGCUUCAUGUGGGAUGGAGUGGUUUGAAUGUCAGCAAUACGGUGGUUGUGCUGAGUCGAGAUAUUAAUCCAAAAGCUGACAGCACCAGUUAUCUCUAUAUUUCCAAUGAUUAUGGCAAAAAAUACAACAACAUGUCACACUUGCUUAAGUUCACAAAAAAUGGAGUUACUAAGCUCGCGGUUAUUGAAAAGUUCUACACCAGUCCUGUUAAUCUGACAUGGUACAUCUUCGUGGAUACUACGAACAAUAUUUUAUUCACUUCAAAAGAUGAUUGUAGAACGCUAAAGAGUGUAAAUUUGGAGUUUAAACCAUCUGACAUCACGUUUCAUAAUUCAAAGAGAGGGGGACUUAUCGCGUAUGAUGAUGAUACGAAAAAAAUUCAUUACUCCAGAAAUUUUGGGAUGUCGUGGACAGUUCGAAAAGAGAAUAUCAGAUCGUACUUUUGGGGUAUGGCUGAACUCGAUUCAGAUGAAGUUAUCUAUAUGGAAGUACAAAAUAAGGGCAACACCUCAGACAUCAUUCGGGGUCAUUGGAAUCAUGACCUUAUAUCUGAUCCGAUAAUGAAGAAUGUUACAGAUUUUGAAAUCAACGAUGUGUAUAUGUUUGCAACAAGGAAGAGUAAAAACGGUCUGGAUCUAUAUGUUGCAUACCAUUACCAUGACUUCAGAAAAGCAGAAUUUCCAACCAGUUUACGAACAGAGGAUUUUCUUAUUGCUGAUUCGAGUGAGAAGCAAGUCUUCGUUGCCGUGAGCCACAACUUGAACACAUCACAUUUAUACAUAUCUGACAUGACUGGCGUGAAGUAUACCUUGUCCAUGGAAAGAAUUCUCUACUACGCUCCUGACCAGCGGAAGGAUUACUGGCUCAACCGUUAUAUACACGAAUCGUUCGUUGAUCUUUACUCCGUGGCUUCAAUGCGAGGUGUCUACUUAGCAAGCCAGUUAUCGAAAGGUAAAGUUGGCACAAGAGCAAUCUAUACCGUCAUUUCAUUUGACAAAGGCAGAUUUUGGAGAAGGUUGAGUGUUCCCGUGCGACAUGCGGACGGAUCGCUGGUCAACUGCAACAUUUCGAAUCCUGCUUGUUCACUGCACUUAGCUCAGCACUACGCGCAGAAGCACCCGUACUAUGACGCUCCAUCGGUGAUGUCAAAACCAUCUGCCCCAGGACUCAUUGUCUCGUCCGGGAAUAUUGGCAUUCGUCUGUCCUACGCUUCUAAUGUCUAUGUAUCCAACGAUGCAGGAGAAUCCUGGCUUGAGGUUCUUGAGGGUCGUUGGUGGUUCAACUUUGGUGAUCAUGGCGGUGUAAUUGUCGCAGUUCGGCAGUGGUCACCGACUAGGGAGCUUCUGUAUAGUACCGACGAGGGUUUAACGUGGAAAAGGUACAAUUUUACAGACCAGGAUAUACAUGUUUAUGGCUUGUUGACUGAACCAGGGGAAACUACAACUAUAUUCACUAUAUUUGGCUCGUAUCACGGGCACCAUAGCUGGUUAGUUGUGCAAGUUAACGUCUCAAAUGUUCUGGGGAAACCAUGUAAUAAAUCCGAUUAUGAAACGUGGUCGGCACAUAAACGUGGCGAUGGUUACGGCUGCAUUCUUGGUCAAAGACUUGAGUUCGAACGUCGAAAGAGAGAUUCAGUUUGUUAUAAUGGUAAAAACUACGAUAGACCAAUUAAUACGACAGCGUGUCCCUGCAGAGGCCAAGAUUACGAAUGCGACAGAGGUUUUAAACCUUUCUGGAGUUUUAUUUGUCUACGGGAUAGCAGUUCUGGUUUUGAUCCAUACGCACCACCCCGACCCUGUCCACCUGGGCAUACUUACAACAGAACUCAAGGAUACCGAAAAAUCUCAGGAGAUAAAUGUUCCGUUAGUUAUACUCAGUGGUGGUAUGAGCCUUACGAAACUUCCUGUCCAAUUAAAGUUGAUUCAGCGUUUCUUUUGUAUGCCGAGCGAACUACAAUCCAAUAUAUGGAUUUGGUGAAUUCAAGUCGAUCGACUGCGGUUGUGGGUCUCCGUGGUGCCGUUGUCGUGGCGUAUGAUAAGAAAGAGGAUUAUAUCUACUGGGCCGAUAUGAAGGACCACAAGAUUUUUAGACGCAAAUUCAAUGGCGAUAGUGCUGAUAUGGAAAUCGCUGGAAUUAAACAAGUUGAAGGCCUGGACUUUGACUGGACCACCGAUAAUCUUUACUGGGUUGAUGCGGGUGAAAAGGUGAUCGAAGUUUGCAGAAAAGAUGGCCGCUACCGAAAAAUAGUUCAUUCUGAUGAUCUUGAUAAGCCUCGUGCACUGGCGUUAGAUCCACCUUUUGGACAAAUGUUUUGGACUGACUGGGGAAAAACUGCCAAGAUAGAGAUGUCAGAUAUGGAUGGGGAUAACAGGAGGACUUUGGUCGACAAAGACCUUGUCUGGCCAAAUGGUCUGGCUAUUGAUAUAUAUAAACCAAAGAAUUCGAGAAAUCUUUACUACACGGACGCCUAUAAAGAUAUCAUUGGCCGAUACGACCUAAUUACCAACAGAAAUAAGAUCAUCGCCAGCAAAACGUCACAUACUGGUAAUUUUCAAUGGUACGCCAUCCUUAAACAUCCGUAUUCUAUUGCUGUGGACGAUCAAUAUGUUUAUUGGGACGAUUGGCAGACUGGAAAAGUUUACAAAAUACACAAAUCUUUCGAAGAGAAGCCGGUCACCCUGAUUGACAAGGAUGUCGGCUGGCACAGCAACAAAAACAGAUACGAGAUAGAAGUGUAUUAUAAACGAAGCCAAGUUGAUAACAGCUCGUGUUCUGGUGUUAAAUGCUCUCAACUGUGUUUGCCUAAAUCAAACAAUAAGCAUGUUUGCGCAUGUGCAGAGGACUUCGAGUUAGAUUCAAAGACUAAUGAAUGCCGAUGUAAAGGUGGUUUGAUAACCAUGAAAAAUGGAACCUGCAAAAGAGCACCUGGAAAGACUUGUGCACCCAAAGAAUUCUCAUGCAAAAAUUCAAUUUGUGUACCUAUACUUCUGAGAUGUGACUGGCGUAAUGACUGCGGGGAUUUUUCUGAUGAAGAGGGUUGUGGGAACAAAACUAAUAACUGCCCUGAAGGUGAUUUCCCGUGUCCAGAAGGAAGGUGUAUUCCUCCAAAAUAUGUGUGCAAUGAUGUGAAAGACUGUAUCGACGGCUACGAUGAGAGCGUUGACGUAUGCAAUGGAACCAAAUGUCAAAUCGAAAACAAGUUUCGCUGUGACGACGGGAAGUGCGUAAAAAAGGGUGCAAAAUGCAACGGACAAUACGAAUGUGAUGAUCAUUCCGAUGAGCAAUAUUGUGCAUCUCCUAGACGAAGUUCAUCCCCCUCAAAAACAUUGAUGUGGGCCGUUCCUGUCGGCAUAGUGUUUUUCGUCCUGACCGUCGCUCUGGUGUAUUUUGCGGUCAAAUCACGAAGAUUGCAUCGAAGUUUCUAUCGACUUGUUCAAAGCGACAAUUAUGAUCAUGGAAUUAUAUAUCAUAAUGCUGAUGAUGAUGAUGAUGACGACACACCUCUAAUUCAAGGUUUCUCUGACGACGAUCCUCUAGUUGAAGCUUGAUGACGUCAUCUCUUUUACCUUAUUACCAAUUUCGCAAUGGUCUCAAUUAUUACCAAUGGUCUCAAUUCAAAUGAAUGAAAGUUUCAAUAUUUCCCCUAAGAUCGAUAUUUAUUUGUGAAAAAUUGGAUCAUUUGAUAGACAAUCGUAAAGGCUUAGGUUACGAGAACUAUUUAUUGCAAGAAACAUUGUUUUUCGUGAUAAUUAAAUUGAAUUUUCAAUCGUUUGAAUUAGUAUAGCAAUGAAAUAAUGAAAAAUUGCACUUGCGGUGUAUCAAACGCAUUUUUGUCGAUGCUUCAGGAACAAUUGUUAUUUCUUUUUAAUGUUAUUAUUAACCGUUUGACACAAACUUGUCCUUGUGUUGAUUUUGAUGUUUCUAGCCAAUCGGAAACAUGGAAAAUCGUUAAUAAUGACAUUAAUGUGAUUUAGAAUGCAUGACCAGUUAAACAGUUUUGAAUUUUAUUUAUAUAUCUUUAAUUUCCUGUUGUGUCUAAAAUUUUACCUUUUUUGCCAUUGUAUGAUAUUGUAUAAGUACCAAUUUUUAGCUGAACCAAGGGUCUCUUAAAUAAUCUGUCACACAAAAUAUGUGCAGUCACUGUUCGCAGAGCUUGCGUUUCACAACGCAAUAUGUUUUCGUACAUGCCUGGUUAAAAAAUCUUAUAAUUUGCGCGGUUGAAUUUCAAUCAUGCGCUGUCGUACCUCUGACAGCUCAAAAUCCUGCUUGCAGAAUUUUGGUAUUGAGAGAAUUGUGAUAAUAAUAAUAAAUUAAUAUUUAAAUGAGAGUAAUGACUUCAUGGAGGCUGCGCCCUCUGUCCGAAAACCUGGGAAAGUGAAGUCUUCUAAGACCCUACGCCACCGACCUUUGAGGAUCCUAAUAAUCAAAAUAAGGUGACAGGUAUAACGGUACUCUCACAUGAAGCCUUUUACUUUCCAAGGAGUUUGUGUAGAAAAUAUAAAAUAAAUAGCUUUAAUUGAAUUGAAUUAAAUGUAAUGUAAUGUACAUUUGUACGAAUUUUUAAUUGCACAUGCAGCAUGUAAAUUUUAAUAGAAUAUAAAACGUUUAAAUCGUUUAAACGUUCAAAUAAAGUUUAAAUCUUGUCAGGUUAUUUUGUUAGUGUUCCUGGGAAAUCCAGUUGGAGUUUAGUAAACGUUUCCUGAUUA